AUGGUCAAGGUUGGUAUCAACGGCUUCGGCCGCAUCGGUCGUAUCGUCUUCCGCAAUGCCGUUGAGCACCCCGAGAUUGAGAUCGUGGCCGUGAACGACCCCUUCAUCGAGCCCAAGUACGCUGAGUACAUGCUCAAGUACGACUCCACCCACGGCCAGUUCAAGGGCACCAUCGAGGUCUCGGGCUCCGACCUCGUCGUCAACGGCAAGAAGGUCAAGUUCUACACCGAGCGCGACCCCGCCGCCAUCCCCUGGAAGGACACCGGCGCUGAGUACAUUGUCGAGUCCACCGGUGUCUUCACCACCACCGACAAGGCCAAGGCUCACUUGUCCGGCGGUGCCAAGAAGGUCAUCAUCUCGGCCCCCUCCGCCGAUGCCCCCAUGUACGUGAUGGGCGUCAACGAGAAGACCUACGACGGCAAGGCCGAUGUCAUCUCCAACGCCUCGUGCACCACCAACUGCCUGGCUCCCCUGGCCAAGGUCAUCCACGACAAGUUCACCAUCGUCGAGGGUCUCAUGACCACCGUCCACUCCUACACCGCCACCCAGAAGACCGUCGACGGCCCCUCGGCCAAGGACUGGCGUGGUGGCCGUACCGCUGCUCAGAACAUCAUCCCCAGCAGCACCGGUGCCGCCAAGGCCGUCGGCAAGGUCAUCCCCGACCUGAACGGCAAGCUCACCGGCAUGUCCAUGCGUGUCCCCACUGCCAACGUCUCCGUCGUCGACCUGACUGCCCGCAUCGAGAAGGGCGCCACCUACGACGAGAUCAAGGAGGCCAUCAAGGAGGCUGCCAACGGCCCCCUCAAGGGUAUACUCGCCUACACUGAGGACGAGGUUGUCUCUACCGACAUGAUCGGCAACACCAACUCCUCCAUCUUCGAUGCCAAGGCUGGUAUCUCCUUGAACAAGAACUUUGUCAAGCUCGUCUCCUGGUACGACAACGAGUGGGGUUACAGCCGUCGUGUCCUGGACCUCCUGGCCUACGUCGCCAAGGUUGACGGUGCCAAAUGA